AUGGCUGGAUCCGACAACGAGAAGAAGCACUCGCUCGACGGCGGCGUCGAAGGCGAGCUCGGCCAGGUCCCCUCCCUCUCCCGCACCGGCACCGAAACCAACAGCCACUUUGCGAAGCCCAAGUUCGUGGUCAAGGGCGACCUCGAGUACGUCGCUGAGGAGGGUGGAAACAAUGCCGGCUACGCCACGUACCAGGAGGUCCACGGUGCGCCCGUCGAGGCCGUCAACCCCCUUGGAUACCAGGUCGGCUUCUGGACCACGCUCUUCCUCAACAUCAGUAUGCUGAUUGGUACGGGUAUCUUCUCGACUCCCGCAAACAUCUUGCGCCAGACGGGCUCGGUCGGCCUGUCGCUCAUCUACUGGAUCAUUGGUUGGCUCAUCUCGCUCGCCGGUAUCUCGGUCUACCUCGAGUUCAUGUCCUUCUACCCCUCGCGCUCCGGCUCGGAAGUCGUCUACCUCGAGCAGGCCUACCCCAAGCCCAAGUACUUCUUCCCUGUCACGUUUGCCUUCCUUACCGUCGUGCUGUCGUUCUCCUCGUCCAACGCCUUCGUCGUCGCCCAGUACAUUUUCCGCAUGACCAACCGUACCGGAAAGGACUGGGAGCUCAAGGGAAUCGCCAUCGCUGCUAUUACUCUUGUCGCUAUCAUCGUUACCAUCUCGAACAAGCUCGUUCUGCGUCUGAUUAACAUUCUCGGUGUAAUCAAGAUCGCCACACUCCUCCUGAUUACUUUUUCGGGUUUCGCCGUCCUUGCCGGCCGCUUCCCCGACAAGGUCAAGGACCCCAAGGCCAACUUCCGCAAUGGCUUCCAGGGCACCUCGGACGAUGGAUACAACCUCUCGAAUGCUCUCGUUAGCAUUAUCUUCUCGUACGGUGGAUACAACAACUCGUUCAAUGUGGCGAACGAAGUCAAGGACCCUAUUCGCACCAUCAAGCGUACCGCCAACGGUGCCGUCACCAUCGUUUUCGUCCUCUACUUCCUCGUCAACAUUGCCUACUUUGCCGCCCUCCCCAAGGCCGAGAUCAUCAAGUCGUCGCAGGUUACUGCUUCGUUCUACUUCAAGACGCUUUUCGGCGAGAAGGCCGCUAAGGGACUCACCAUUUUGCCCGUUCUUUCGGCCCUCGGCAACAUGAUGGCCUCCAAGCUCGGCCACUCGCGCAUGAUCCGUGAGAUUGGUCGCCAGGGAGUCGUCCCGUACCCCGCCUUCUUCGUCUCAACCAAGCCCUUCGGCACGCCGGGCGGAGCAGUCUUGUUCUCGUGGUUCGUGUCGCUCAUCAUGAUCCUCGCUCCCCCGGCCGGCAGCGCCUUCAACUUCAUCAUCUCGCUCCAGAACUACCCCUCGUCGUUCUUCAUGGCCCUCAUGACCUUUGGUCUCUUCCUCGUCCGUCGCCGCCGCGCUCAGCUCAACCUCCCUCCCUCGGGCUACCGCAGCUGGAACGUCGCCGUCAUCUUCUUCUUCCUCGCCAAGGUCUUCCUCAUCAUCAUGCCCUGGGUUCCCCCCAAGGCCGGCAUCAAGGCCUCGUCGUUCGGCUUCUUCUACGCCGCAGCCUCGCUCACCGGUCUCGGCUUCAUUGGCCUCUGCGGUCUCUACUACAUUGUCUGGACCAUCCUCCUCCCCAAGUGGCGCCACUACCAGCUCCGCCAGAUCGUCGUCAUCCUCGACGACGGCUCCGUCUCGCACAACCUCAUUAAGGUUCCCGACGACAAGGUCGCCGAGUGGGACGCCAAGCACGAUCUCUCGGGUCGCUCGAUCACCUCGUCCGACGAGGGUGACAACACCGAGUACAUCCACGAGACCAAGGCGUAA